AUGGUCCUGUUCGGAUAGCAGCUGUCACGACAUGUUUCUUCCAUAUAUACUGCAGGUGUUAGGAUAAGAGAACCAUAGACGACGCAGACAGUCAGUCAACACAGCCACAAUAAGCACCAGGUGCUUGCCAGGAGAAGUAUAGUUUUAGAUCGAAGGAGAAGUAUAGUUUUAGAUCGAAGGAGAAGUAUAGUAGCUGGUGAUCGACCGGCCGGCGGUGAUAGUUAUGGCGUCGGCGGCAGCGCCUGCAGCGGGUGAUGCGAGGAGGAAGACGGCGUGUGUCACGGGAGGGAGCGGGUACAUCGCGUCGGAGCUCAUCAAGAUGCUGCUUCAGAACGGAUACGCCGUGAAGACCACGGUCAGGCACCCAGAGGACACGGAGAAGAACGCGCACCUCAAGGUUCUGCAGGAGCUGGGCCCGCUGGAGGUGUUCCGCGCCGACCUGGACGAGGAAGGCAGCUUCGACGACGCCGUCGCCGGCUGCGACUACGCCUUCCUCGUCGCCGCUCCCGUGGCACUCAUGCCACAAAACCCCGAAAAAGAAGUGAUCGAGCCGGCGGUGCGAGGAACAGUGAACGUGCUGAGGUCGUGCGCGAAAGCGGGGACGAUGAAGCGCGUGGUGCUGACGUCGUCGACGGCGGCCGUUUCUAGCCGGCCGCUGGAGGGCGACGGGCACGUCCUGGGCGAGGAGUCCUGGUCCGACGUCGACUGGCUCCGGGCCAACAAGAUCGGCACCUGGGCGUACCCAGCGUCGAAGGUGCUGGCGGAGAAGGCGGCGAACGAGUUCGCGGAGGCCAACGGGCUCAGCGUGGUGACGCUGCUACCCGUCGUCGCCGUCGGCGCCGCCCCGGCCACUGAGCUGCACACCAGCGUCCCCGAGGUCCUCUCCUUGCUCUCCGGGGACGACGCGAUGGUGGACAACCUGGAGCUGAUCGAGAAGGCGUCGGGGGGGAUCCCGCUGGUGCACGUGGACGACGUCUGCCGCGCCGAGAUCUUCCUCGCCGAGAACCAGGCCUCGUCCGGCCGGUACGUCUGCUGCAGCCUCAACACCACGGCCAUCGAGCUCGCGCGCUUCCUCGCCGCCAAGUACCCGCAGUACAAGAUCAAGACCGACCGGUACUACCAUUGGUCAUCUCCCGGAGAAGCCGAGGGUGCGCAUCUCGUCGGGGAAGCUGGCCGACGAAGGGUUCGAGUACAGGUACAAGAACCUUGACGAGAUCUACGACGACGUCGUCGUCUACGGCAGGGCGCUGGGAAUCCUUCCCUACUGAUCUAUCAUGGCGGAUUGCCGGGCGGGGCCGGCAUCUCCCUAGCUCCCUCCGUCAUGGCUUGCAGAAUAAAACUCGCUCUCCUGAAGCACAAAUAUGCUUGAACUGUUUGCCUGUUCGUGUGUUUUGCUAUUUUGUAGACGUUUUCUCCGGUACCCAUUACUCCAGGAAGUCUAGAUGGAGUAUUAGAAGAGGGCAUAAUAGACUUUUCACAUUAAAAGAGAAAAGAAAAAGGAAAAUCAGAUUUCUCCUA